GCCCUGUUCAGUGAACAGUAGGCUAUUUGGAGAGACAAAGGAAGUGUAGUCUAAUCUUGUUAUGACUCCCUCGAACAGUAAUAACACUGGUAUAAACUAAUGGAGGGCACUUGUCUCAAAGUCAAAGUUUAAAUUGUUUUUUUAUUUCGACUCGCCAUAUAAUUAAACACGCGUGGAAAGUCGACAACGGCCGUAUCUCUGUCAUGUCGGCUAAAAGCGGUACAUGAGCCAUUAUUCAUCCGUUCUGGUACUCCGCUGAAGAGCUUUCCUGUGCGUAAUCCCCGGAUGAAGCUGUCAUGGCUGCCAUUCGCUGAGCUGUCAAGUCUACAAAAGAAAUGUAAAAACCAACCGAAGUCUCGAACUAUACAUCGACGUAGUCCAAUUGUAUCGGAGCUUUACUCUACGGGGCCUGAAUUGACAUGGAUCCGGCACAUGCUGAAUUAGAUGUCCCUGCUGGAGGUAAUAUUAAAGUUAUCGAUGAUGAGGACAAAAAUUGGCACAAACGACUCCGUCUCAGGAAAGCUGCCGUUCCCCCAACUAUGCAAAGUGAAGAUAAGCAUGGGCCGAAGAAGAUAGAGGACAAGGAGAAAAGCACAGAGCAGAGGUAUUUGAAGAAGACACCCCUUAAAACACAAAAGAGUCAACAUGUGACAAAGGUUUAUGGAAAUAUACUUAGGUUUAGAUGUUUUGAAUGCAACGGCAGCACAGAAUUCAGCCCUAAUGACUUACUGAGGCACUUUCAGGAAACUCACCCAGGAAGCCAACCAAUCUUUCCUUGUGACAUGUGCAGUUUUAUUACACAGGAAUUCUCCCACCUUCAAGUUCACCAAUUAGGCCACAGAGACACUUUUGUCAGCUGCAACAUAUGCAAUGACAAUGUCCAGCACACUCUCUUGCAGCUCACCACACAUUUAAACAUGCACCACAGCUUGAAUGGCCACUACACUUGCGAGAAGUGCAAGUUCUCCACCAGAGAUGUAGGAUCAUUUUUGGAGCAUAUGUAUCUACAUAACAUGGAGCCGCAAGCAGGUGGCAUUUCUGAUCAUUCAAAUCCUGCUGACCAAGAUUUGCAGAGACAUCUCAUGGUCAAAACAGCACAAUUCCCCUUCAGUUGUCAGUUAUGUGACUUUAUAGCGCAUCGAAAAGGUAUCAUCACAAAGCACAUGGCCACCGUCCAUGGUAAAGUGACAAGCCAAAAAAAAUCAUCAUCAAGACUGAAGCACGUGGUGACAAGGAGUACAGUGAGGGAAAAUAACUGGAUGUCACAAGGCUGUCUUUCUCUGUCGGGGGAAGGAUUCCUGGAUAAAUAUUGCAGACUGUCAAAUCCAGAGAAGGCUUUGGAGGAGACCCAGCGAUUUUUAGAGAAGUCUGUGCCUGCUGAAGCUCUUAAGAAUGUACUUUCAAAUGUACCCAAAGCCAUCACUUCCUUUUCAAACUGUGACAACUGCAUGAUAUCCAACCCUGGAUUCCCAAACACAGGCAAGGACCUCACUGUCCUCAUGCUCAAAAACAAGAUUGCAGUUCCUCCGAAUGGCACUACUGAAGCAAUUGCUUUCAAAAUUGUGGAAGGCAAAAAAGAUUUGGUUCUCAAGGUUACACCAUCAGCAACGCAAGAGACCUCUGACACAACAAAGACGUCAUUGUGUGUCACUGAGCAGGAAUCAGAGAAUAUUGCUUCUCAAACUAGUGCUGGGGACUCCAAUGCAAAUGGAUGCCAAUCAAAUUCAAGUAUCCCUCCAAAGACCAAGCCACCCAGUUGUCCAGGAUCAUUCUUGACACCAAAUGAUGUUGCCACUAUUUCAACCCUAAACGAGUUAGUAAAAUAUGAUCAAACUCAAGAAAAUAGAGAGAACCAGGAAACAAGGGUUGGCCAAAUGCACAGAAAUGAUGCAGAACCCAAAGAUGUAAAUCACUGUGAAGAUACGGCAGAGGAAAUCAAAAUGUCGAAGUUGCCAAAGGAGAAAAGUAAAAAAGAGCAAAAAUCCUUUCCUGAAGCUCUGCGCUCUUCCAAGACUAUGGGGGACAAAAAAAGGGUGAGAAAGAAAGUGGUCGGCCCUAAAACUGUAGAGAAAAAAUCAUCACCAACAUUAGAGCUCCUCCUGAAGAAGAACCCAGUUAAGGAAAUGCAGUGGAUGCCACAAGGUCCUCUUCCCCUGUUAGGACGAGGUUUGCUGAAUGAUUUCCAUAGACUAGAGCACCCACAGAAAACUUUGGAGAAGUCGCAUCAAUUUCUUAAAAGAGCACUGUCAGCUGAAAAUGGCAAAAAGAAGCAGUCCAAAUGUCCCAAGACUGACCAGACACAGAACUCCAAAGUGGUCACUAGGUCGUCAACGUCAGAGGGAGGCCUUAUUCCAAACCCUGGGCAUUUCAGCCCCAGAGGUAACAACCUUAAUAAGAUUUUAGUUCCUCCCAAUUGCACUACAGAGGCCAUGGGUUUAAAAAUGGUGGAUGGGAAAAAACAUUUGGUUCUUAAGGUUAUACCAUCAACAAUGCAAGAGACCUCUGACAAAACAAAGGCAUCCUUGCAUUCCAUUGAGACUAAGGAAGACAACACCACAUCUAAAACUUGCACUACGAGCCAGAACAGUUUAGUCGUUGUCGAUAAUUCUCAUGUCCUGGAUGGCCAAGAUUGUCCAAGGUUAGGCUUACCUCGUGUAUCUAAUGGAGCCAAAUCAGGUGGAAAUGAUUUGGGCCAGAUGACGGAGGAGAAGUUGGAGGCUGUGAACUAUGACCCAGAAGGGGUUGGAACUACAGAAGCUCAGGUCACCAUGAUGUCUCCCUCCCCCAUACUCCAUUUCCUUACUUCCCCACAAGGUAUAACAAACGUGUCAGAGAAUCCGGUCGACACUCCAGACAUUUGUUUUCAGGACGUUCCUCCCAAUACCACGCUAAGAGAUGUAGGACAGCAGGAGGGCUUUGACAGGAUUUGCCUCUCACCACAGACAAAUGAACAGACAGUUAAAGGAAAGAGGCCGGGUGAACCGUCCACAGAAGACUCUCCUGAGCCACUCUCAAAAGCCUUCAGGAAAGUUGUGGGAGAAGAAGAGGCCUCACUAGCAGCCGCGCAUCACUGGGAGCCAGGCCCUAGAGAUGUGGAGAGGACCCUGAAGCUGUUGCCAUUAAGUCCCACUCAACUCAUAACACGUCCAAGAGGAGACCAGCCUGUUGUCGUGCUAAAUCACCCAGACACAGACAUUCCAGAGGUCACAAAUAUAAUGGAAACAGUCCACAGGUACAAAGGAGAGGUCCAAAAAGUAGUGCUGUCUCGGAAAACAUUGAAGGCCCUUGCAGCCGUAGGUCGUGAUAUGUUUAGGGCAAAUGCCCCGGCGAUUGACCGUGUGUGCCCUGAGAGCAGAGUGAAAGAGAGAUUCAUCUUGAAAAUGAAGCUGAAAAAGAUGAGCAGAAAGAAGUACAAAGUGGUGAACGCAGUCCCGCGCAGCACUGAGCCUCUAUUAAGAUUUAGCUGCUGGUUUUGUGGCCGAGCCUUCAGUGAUCAGGAGGUCUGGAUUGGCCAUGGCCAGCGCCAUCUGAUGGAAUCUACUAGAGAGUGGGAGAAGCUGGAAAGUGAAAAGUCAUAAAUGUCACCUACACUGGAUACAAAGUUGAGAAAGGUGCCCCUGUACAAAAGCAAUGGACAGAAAAGAUACUAGAUGGAAAUGAUCUUAAUUUAUUAGAGAAAUAUGUUGCUAAUAAGGACUUAAUAAGUGUCCAAAAUCAAUAUAACUUCAUGUGAGUUCUUCCAAAGUACAGGCCUCAAAUAAUAGGGCUCUAGUCAUUUUUGCAUUUUCCGUUGCUCAAAUCGAAGUAUUUAAUUUGAAACCCACUUAUGCUUUAGUGCUAUCAUUGUUUUAGAUUGGAUGCAAUCUAUUUGUUGUUUCAGUUAUUGUCUAGCCAAGAUGCAAUGCUAUUUAAGUUGACCAAAGUACACUGUCAUAAGGCAUUUUUCACAGAACACUGUAAUAAGGACACAAAUUAGGCACACUCAGAAGCUCUAAACAUGAAAAUGUAAUGUUAUACGGGUAUGUAUAGUGUGUGUGCUAAGAUGAUUCAUUUGGGAGGGGAUGGCAGGUUUGCCUUGUUACUAGGCUAUACCAACAUUGUUUAAAAAGCUAUUUUAUGUUUAUUUCUGAUUUGCAGAUGUACACUGUUUUUUUUUUCUUCUGUGAUUUGUCAUAGAAAAGAGUGAAUGUGUUUGUAUGUAUAUAGUACUUACCAAAAAUAUGAAUGGUUUCAAAUCUAGUAAUUUUGUUAAGUUAGUCUGAGCUAGUAGCAGGAGUAGUCCAAAGAAUAUACCUUUUUAUAAUUUGUAUAAUAUUGUAUAGGAUGGCUGACUGAUGGCAUUUGUGCAUAUAUUUUAAAUUAUAAUCUGUUUUUUAAUUGCACUAUGAACGGACAGUGAAUAUUUCUUUCCAUUACUUCACUUUAUGAAUCUUACGACAGUCUUGAUAUGCAUGUUCUUGCAUGUAUCCUUAUGUUCUGAUGAUCUCACGGCAUCCAUGGCAAGGGAUACUUUUACAGUAGUUAGUCAGCCCAGGUCAAGGCCCAAAUCACAAAUACAUGUAGCACAUCUUUCUGAGCAUACCCUUUCCUCUAGUCACCCAUCAUUUAUUUCUUCAGAUCAACAGAAAAUAACUGGUUUGUAGUAGUAUUGAUAAGUCGGAGAAAGAAACACAAUUCUGCACCUAGAAAACAUUUGUUUUUCCACCAAGUGCCUGACCUUUUCUGUUCCACAAUGAAUAUGUAUUUAUCUUGACACACACCUGGUAGAAUUAUGUGUUGAACCGAUCAAUAAAUACGAAUAGUUUGAAAA